AUGAAACUCAUCCUCCUCCUCAGCGCCGCUGCCCUAGCCACCGCACUCCCAAUGAGCCCACCAGAGAAAAAGUACCACUAUGAAUCGGAGCCCUGCCCGCUGAAUGAGUCCUAUUGUAUCCAGAAGAUGGAGCGCCGCCCACCUGGAGUUCCACCUGGUGACUGUGGCAGAGGACGUCACACCCUGGAAGACGGGAAGCACACCGGCAAGAAGGAGCGCCGCCCACCUGGAUCUUGUACCGUGAGAAGUCACCCACCAUCCAACAAGGAACCCACCGGAGAAACCGAGGAGAUGGGCGUUGGAGCAAUCAACGAAGAGGUUGAAGCUUGA